UCUCUCUCUCUCUCUCUCUCUCAGACACACACAUUUUGGGCCCUGUGAAUUUAGGGCUCAUUAAAGCGCGACGGCCCGUUCGUCAAGCAGUUCCUCUGGUCCUCUGCCGACGAUUUCUGUUCAGAUUCAGCCCCCGAGAGAUCGACCAGCGAUGACAGCUUCUGAGGUUUUCGGGCUUCUGAGGGGCGAUCCGUCGGCGUACAUCUGGGUCCCGUGAUGAGAGGCUCGUCGCAGAAGGAUCUCGCCGUCUUCGAUUUCAGCGAAGAGGAGGCAGCCGUGGAGGCAGCGGCUGGGAGAUUCACCGCGAAGUUGCAGUCCAGAUUGAGGCCUAGGAUGGACGACACGGUCAACAAGAACCAGUUCCUCGAGGCCUACACGUCAGGCUUGACUUUCAAGGGUGAUGUGACCAACAUCAUAUGUGUAGAUAUGCACGAAAGAGACAAUGACACAGGUUCCUAUGCUAUCGAUGGACCAGAGCAGGGCCUUGCUUUGGGUGAUGAGAAAGCAGAGUUGGAUGAAAUCAUGUCUUCCUCUACAAAAUAUGAUGAGCAUGAUCAGAUUUAUCCAGAUAAUUUUGAUGAUGAAAAUCUAACGAGGAAGGAUACUAAGGCUGUUGGAGAUUCUGUUCUUCAGAACCCUAUAGGCAACAAACAUUUCUUGGACUUUCCUGCUGAUGGGAUGGCAGUUGAUGUGGUUUCUGAAGAUGAAGAAAGCUGGUCCUUGAUGUCUGGAUCUGAAUCAAGUACUGCUUCUGAUACUCCAGAGGAUGAAGGCCAGAUGGAGUGCCCAGAGUUGGAAAAUUGUUAUGCUGCAAUGGGAGAUGUGCAGUUUAACAAUCAGAUGUCAGUCAUGAUCUACCCUGACUAUGUCAUACAUGGGAACACUUUGUAUGGAGAUUCUCAGCUUGUCUUCUCUUCAGAUUGCAUUAAGAUUGAGUGUUCAGAUGCAAGUGGAAGUGAUGAAAAGUUUGCUUCUGAAUGGGCUGUUUCUGAUAUAGUUCAUAUUGAUUGUCGGUGGAGUGGAACUGUAACUACUGCAUUGGUUAAACUUUGCCUAAGAGCAAAUGAUGUGACUAAAAGUGAGAAACAUCAUAAUGUUUCUGAUGUUUUGAAGGUAAUUUUUUCUGUGAACGACAUGCGUUGGUUGGAGAAGGAACACAAGAUUAGAAAUCUGGCAGCAAGAUAUAGAGAUAUAUGGAAUGCAAAUUCUGGGUAUGCUCUUUAA